AUGACUUCCGUGCGUUUCACCGUGACGCCCACCAAGGCGGAGGACCACCCGGGGCUGUCGGACACGUCGCCCGAAAUCAGCUCCCGCUCCGGCACCCACGUGCGCUUCGGCUCCCGGGAAAGCGUCAGUCGAAGCGAGCCGCCCAGCGACACGUCGGGAGGUGUCGCGGGAGGAGGCGGGGCGGAAACGCCCGACCACGGUAACGUGGAGCAAGGAGAUGGAAACGCCAAACUCUCCAGCGUGUACAUCAACAACAGCCACGGCGUGGAUGACGACGACUUCUACGAUAGGAACUUGGCCUUGUUUGAGGAGGAGAUGGACACUCGGCCAAAAGUGUCGUCGCUGCUCAGUCGGCUGGCCAACUACACCAACUUGAUGCAGGGCGCCAAGGAGCACGAGGAAGCCGAGAGUAACAGCGAGAAGAAGAAGGCCAAGUCACCAGCCAUGGGGACCUUCAUGGGGGUCUACCUGCCGUGUCUACAGAACAUCUUUGGCGUCAUCUUGUUCCUGCGUUUGACCUGGGUGGUGGGGACCGCCGGCAUAUUGCAGGGACUGUGCAUCGUCUUCAUCUGCUGCUGCUGUACGUUGCUGACCGCUAUAUCGAUGAGUGCCAUCGCAACCAAUGGCGUGGUUCCAGCUGGAGGCUCCUACUUCAUGAUCAGCCGCUCUCUUGGUCCUGAGUUUGGGGGCGCGGUGGGUCUGUGCUUCUACCUUGGUACCACCUUCGCUGGAGCCAUGUACAUUCUCGGAGCGGUGGAGAUCCUGUUGAUGUACAUUGCACCGGAAGCGGCCAUUUUUACAGCCAAGGGGCUGGAGGGCGAGGGUGCAGCCAUGUUGAACAACAUGCGUGUCUACGGCUCCGUCUGCCUCCUCCUCAUGUCCUUGCUGGUCUUCGUGGGCGUCAAGUACGUCAACAAGCUGGCUUCCAUCUUCUUAGCCUGCGUCAUCAUCUCCAUUAUCUCCAUCUACGUUGGCGCGCUGGUGUCCGCCUUCAAGCCGCCCAACUUCUCGGUUUGUAUGCUUGGAAACAGAACCAUCAACGGCCACGAUCUCGUCGACAACCAGUGUGCUAAAACUGUCCUUCUCACGGUCGAGAGGGAGGUUGCCAAUGUGACUCUUCCUGGCGGUUUGUGGAGUCGCUUCUGCCAGAACGCCGAACUCAACGCCUCCUGUGACGACUACUUCGCAGCCAACAACUUCUCCCGCAUCGAAGGCAUCCCCGGUCUGGCCAGUGGCGUCAUCACCGAGAACCUUUGGAGCUCAUAUCUCAGCAAAGGAGACGUACUGGAGAAAGGUUCUAUUAGCUCCGCCCAAGGAGCGCACGCGGCGUCCACACAGCAGCCUUACGUCUUCGCUGACAUCACAACUUCUUUCACUUUGCUGGUGGGAAUCUUCUUCCCUUCCGUCACUGGAAUCAUGGCUGGUUCCAAUCGGUCUGGGGACCUGAAAGACGCUCAACGUUCCAUCCCGAUCGGGACCGUCCUCGCCAUCCUCACCACCUCCUUAGUUUACCUGAGCAGCGUCGUUUUAUUUGGCGCCUGCAUCGACGGCGUGGUCCUCAGAGACAAGUUUGGAGACUCUGUCAAAGGGAAUCUGGUGGUGGGUACGCUGGCCUGGCCUACCCCUUGGGUCAUCGUGGUGGGGUCCUUCUUCUCCACGUGCGGCGCCGGCCUCCAGUCGCUGACGGGUGCUCCGAGACUUCUCCAGGCUAUCGCCAAGGACAACAUUAUCCCUUUCCUUCGGGUUUUUGGUCACGGCAAAGCCAACGGAGAGCCCACCUGGGCACUGCUGCUGACGGCAUUCAUCGCAGAGCUGGGAAUCCUGAUCGCGUCUCUGGACCUGGUGGCUCCUAUUCUGACCAUGUUCUUCUUGAUGUGCUACCUGUUCGUCAACCUGGCCUGCGCGCUGCAGACCCUCCUGAGGACGCCCAACUGGAGGCCUCGGUUUUCCUACUACCACUGGACACUGUCAUUCUUGGGGAUGACGAUCUGCCUGGCACUCAUGUUCAUCUCCUCCUGGUACUAUGCGAUCAUUGCCAUAGUGAUUGCAGGCAUGAUCUACAAGUACAUCGAGUACCACGGUGCAGAGAAAGAGUGGGGAGAUGGGAUCCGCGGUCUCUCGCUCAGUGCCGCCCGUUACGCCCUGUUAAGGUUAGAAGAAGGCCCGCCACACACCAAGAACUGGAGGCCUCAGCUGUUAGUUUUACUCAAACUGGAUGAGGAUGCGCACGUCAAGUCUCCGCGCCUCCUAACCUUUGCAAGCCAGCUAAAGGCGGGAAAAGGCCUGACAAUCGUGGGCACUGUAGUUGCGGGCAACUUCCUGCAAAGCUACGGAGAGGCAUUAGCAGCGGAACAGACCCUGAAGCUUCUGAUGGACAAGGAGCGAGUCAAGGGCUUUUGCCAGUGCAUCGUAGCGCAGAAGGCGCGUGAAGGCAUCAGUCACAUGAUCCAGUCCAGCGGCCUCGGCGGGAUGAAGCCCAACACCGUGGUGAUGGGAUGGCCUCAUGCUUGGAGGCAGAGCGAGGACCCGCAAUCCUGGAAGACCUUCAUCCACACGGUCCGCGUCACCACAGCUGCCCACCUCGCCCUGCUGGUGCCCAAAAACAUCUCCCUGUUCCCCAGCAAUAACGAGCCGUGCACUGACGGUUACAUGGACGUUUGGUGGAUCGUGCACGACGGCGGGAUGUUGAUGCUGCUGCCCUUCCUGCUGCGCCAGCACAAGGUGUGGCGUAAGUGCGGGAUGCGCAUUUUCACCGUGGCCCAGAUGGAGGACAAUUCCAUCCAGAUGAAGAAAGAUCUAGCGACUUUCCUCUAUCACUUGCGCAUCGAGGCUGAAGUAGAAGUCGUGGAGAUGCACAACAGUGACAUCAGCGCGUAUACGUACGAGAGGACUCUGAUGAUGGAGCAGAGGUCCCAGAUGCUACGUCAGAUGCGUCUUUCCAAAUCGGACCGGGAGCGUGAGGCUCAGCUCGUGAAAGACCGCAACUCCAUGUUGCGACUGACCAGCAUCGGUUCCGACGAGGACGACGACACGGACGGCGGCGAGCGCGACAGAGCGGGGGCCGGCGACGGGUCCUCGACCGAGCGCCACCGCCGCGUUCAAAUGACCUGGACCAAAGAGAAGGCUUCGCAGUACCGGGCCGCCCACUCUGGAUGCUCCACGCCUGAGGGAUUCAGGGACAUGCUCAGCAUCCGGCCUGACCAUUCCAACGUAAGGAGAAUGCACACGGCCGUCAAACUUAAUGAAGUCAUUGUCAACAAAUCCCACGACGCCCGAGUCGUCCUGCUCAACAUGCCGGGACCGCCCAAGAACUCCGAGGGAGACGAGAACUACAUGGAGUUCCUGGAGGUUCUAACGGAGGGUCUGGAGCGUGUUCUGCUGGUCCGCGGCGGAGGGAGCGAAGUCAUCACCAUCUACUCCUGA